CGCCCUCAAGACCACUGUCGACUGAAUCACUCCCAUUGCCGGGGUUCAAUCUCCAGUGGGGGCUUUGGUGAGGCCAUGGACAUCUUCAUCGGUAACAUACCGCCUCACACGAAUCAUGCUGAGCUCAGACUCUUUCUCCGCGAUCACCUAAAUCAAGUUGAUAUCCUUGCCUGCGACAUAUUCAAGAAGAUCGGUCAGAAAUGGGCAAUUCUGACAGUUGCCAAUGCACAAAAUGGACGGGCGUUUCUUGCGAGUCACGGAGGCACAUUUCCAUCGAUACCUCUUCUCUAUAAACGGGGACGGUUAUGGCCGAAAGACAACGCGGGUAGAGGUCAACCAGACCCACUCAAAGUGAGAGCUUUACUGGAUAAAGAGAUGGCAAUACGCGCCAAGCGGAUGAGCAAUAAAGGUGCUCCUACUACAGCUGCUACAGCACCAGGCCAUCACGGACGGUUUUCGUUUCUGUCCUUUCAAACAGGAAUCUGGCACUACGACAGCGACGACAACCUUGCAUUCGACCCCAAAUAUAAUGACCGGCGCAGUGGUACUAUUACGUGUGGUCAACGAGAACUAGUUGUGUUUUUGGAAGCGAUUGAUAAAGACAAUUAUCGGUGGCAUUGCCGCAUUGAUAUUCCGUACAGCAUCAUCGAGCACAUCGUCUCUUCAGACGACAGCGUACAGCGUGCUAGAUUCACGCUGACGCUGAGAACGCCGCCCAAGAUCUACAGGAUUGUUAGUACGGAUGAUUUGCACCUAUACUCAGGUAGUGAGCCUGCUCCACCAAGCUUGGAGAUGACUCUGGAUCAACUCAAUCUUCGGGACCAUAAACAGAAACGUUUGGAGCGAGUGUGCAAGAUCUCCGAUUCUCACGAUAAAGCAUCCGCUCUUUGCAUGGUAUAUCGCUUUGCACUGCCCUCCGUUGACUCGGCUACGCAAUUGUGGGUUCAUGUGAAUCGUUCUGCUGGACUCUCGUUGGAACAGCAAUGGAGGAGUAUGAUUCCAUCUCGACUUGCCGCAUCCAUCGAGGUUGAUUACGAUCUGUUUAAUCGCGAGAUAUCGAGCGCGAAUGAAAUGGACCUUGGCGAGUUUACCUUUGCUGUCCGAUUUCAGGUCUUGGCUUUGGUCCUCGAAGGGAUUUCGACUCCCAAAUUUGCCUUGCAGAUGCUUCCUUACGUUCGCGACGUGUGCUCCAUACAUGGUGCCGUGGUCACGGCUCGUGCCAUUCAAAAACUGGGUUUUCAUCUGCCAGCGCCCGGUCCACUCGCUGAAGCAGAUGACUUCGACUUGCAAUCUGUUUUGGAUAAACUUAUACACACUGUGCAGCAAAUCAAGGAGCUAUCCGGUACCAAUAGAGACAUUGAUCUGAAGCGACGCCAGCAUAAUCAUCUCAUCUCCACGUAUAAAGCCACUAUCACACCGACAGGUAUGCUUUUGCGGGGACCAGAUAUGAAUGUGUCCAACAGGGUGUUACGUAAGUACGCAGAUCACAGUGGACAUUUCAUGAGGCUUUUCUUCGCAGACGAGGAUGGCUUGUCAGUUCUACACGAUCCUCGCGCAAGUCAAGACCACGUAUACUCUCGGUUCAAACACCUACUCCUCGAGGGGAUCACUAUUGCCGGUCGGACGUACAGCUUUCUUGGGUUCUCAAAUUCUUCCCUGCGUGGCUAUCAAGCCUGGUUCAUGGCGCCUUUUUAUCACGAAGGUCAAUGGAUGACGUCGGAGAAAGUUAUUCGAGACCUUGGCGACUUCGAACAUAUCCAUUGUAGCGCGAAGUGUGCAGCUCGCAUCGGACAGGCAUUCACAGAUACGCUCUUCUCGAUUCCUAUUGCAUGGGAUAUAUAUGUUGCGGAAAAUGAGCCCGAUAUAGAGCGGAACGGGCAUUGCUUCUCGGAUGGCUGCGGUACAAUUUCCCAGGAGUUGCUGGAUCAGGUCUGGAGAAAUCUCACGCCUGACCGCCGGAAGAUGAGACCCACUGUCCUCCAGAUACGUUAUCGGGGUGCCAAAGGAGUACUGUCUCUGGAUUCGACGUUGCCAGGAAAACAGCUCCGCAUCCGCAAAAGCAUGACGAAGUAUACCGCGAAAGAGUCUUGGAGAGAUCUUGAGAUCUGCGGUGCUGCUUAUAAGCCACUCCGACUAUACCUAAAUCAUCAAUUCAUCAAGAUACUCGAGGAUUUGGGUGUCCCAGAAUCCAACUUUGUGGCCGUCCAGAAAGACGCUUUACGGGAUCUCGAGCGAGUCAUCAAGCAUCCCUUGAAUGCAGCGAGCUUUCUCGAGUACUCUCAUUCGGGUGUGGCAGCCAAGAUACCCACGUUGUUCAGUCUCAUGCAUGCGAUCGGAAUCAAUUUCCAAACCGACAGGUUUCUGACUGACAUCGUGGAAGUUGCCGCCAUGGCGAGUUUACGAGAUUUGAAAUAUCGUGCUCGCAUCCCAAUAGAGAAAGGCUACCUCCUAUAUGGUGUCAUGGACGAGUUCAACGAGCUGAAAGAAGGAGAAGUAUAUGUCACUUUCGCUACAGAAGACAAGGACGGGCAUUGGGCGCGAAGGGUGCUCUUGGGCAAUAACAUCGUGGUUACCCGAGCCCCGGCGCUUCAUCCGGGCGAUAUCCAAACUGUGCGCGCCGUGGAUGUAGCUGAAAGCUCACCUCUCUGCAAGCUGAACAACUGCAUUGUGUUCAGUCAACAAGGUGCGCGAGAUUUACCCAGCCAACUAGGGGGUGGUGAUCUAGAUGGCGAUAUGUUCCAUAUCAUCUGGGAUGAACGACUUUCACCAUCCAAAACCUAUACGCCGUCCGCAUACCCUCCAACUGAGGCUCAGAACCUCGGUAGACCUGCUCGCGUCGAAGAUAUUGUCGACUUCUUCGUGGAGUACAUGAACUCGGAUCGAUUGGGACAAUUAUCGAACAAGCAUAAGAUCAGAGCCGAUAUUCACCCCGAAGGCACGACGCACUCCGACUGCAUCAAGCUGGCCAAACUGGCGUCCGACGCGGUGGACUUCUCCAAGUCCGGUAAAGCGGUUAAUAUGAGCCAAGCGCCGCGAGGGACUGAUCGGAAUCGUCCAGAUUUCAUGGCUCCCGGUUCGAGUUUCAUCAUCAACAACGCGGGAAAAGCAGAAAUCGAGGAAGAGGAUGAAGAUGAUAUCGACAACCCUGAUGGCAUAAAUGUCUUGAAUCCUGAUAGAUCCCCUGCACGUUACUACAAGAGCAACAAAGUCCUCGGCAAGCUCUAUCGCAACAUCGAUGAGAACAAUUUCCUUCGUCAUAUGCACAACGACUUCGAGUCAGCUCAAAGCGAGUUUGGCAGAGAGACUUUGAUCCAGAAGCUAAAUCGUUAUGUGGAUCGCGAGACCAGCGUGUUCCAGUGGGAGCAGCAUCGCGGUUUCGCAGAAGAGUUGCGCGAGGCGUACUGUGACAAUCUUUACGAGAUCAUGGAAACGCUGCGUCCCCACCGUGGUAAGCCGUUGACCGAACUGGAAGUGUUCAGUGGCAACAUUUUGGGCAAGAAGAAUCGAGCAUCCAGUCGAUCCAUGCGCGAAGCCAAUAUCGAAGUGCGAGAGCGUUUCGACCGCGACGUAUCUGCCAUGGUUCGACGAAUUGUUACCGGCGAUGGAGACGGCGACGCAGCAUCCGAGGCAUUGCCCAGGGCAAUUGCUUGCUUCAAGGUGAGCCUGGACACACGAGGAUGGGAAGAAUACCUCGAUCUCAAGAGUUGGAAAUAUGUGACUGCCGCCGUGUGCUUGGAACAGCUGUGGAUGUUCAUGAACUUCCGCUUGCGACCUUUGUAA